CACACAGAGAGAGAGAGAGAGAGAGAGAGAGGAAGAGAGGAAGAGAGAGAGAGAGAAAUGGCGCCUCGACGCUGCGCUCACUGAGGCAGUCUUUGGAGCCGGCUAAGGAGAACCAGUGAGGGCAGGAAAAAACAAACAUGGUGAACACAAGGAAGAGCUCGCGGCCGAGGACCGGGCCCUUCAUCUCCUCGAGGACGAGGUCUUCGUCAAGAACCGAGCGGAACCUUGAAGAACAUAAGGAGCCCAGCAGUGAUGUGAGCAGUCCCGGCAGCCCGCGGUUGCCUCCCCCUUCCAAGCGGACGCGGCGGCAGGCUGCCUCCGAGCCGAGCUCCAGUGAUACCUCCCCGUCCCCGCAGACUAAGGGCCAGAGGGUCAGCUGGGAGAUUCCCACCUACCGCACCAGGUUGUCCUCUCGCAUAAUGCAAAAUGGGCACGCCCAUAUGAGUCACAGGAGUGAGCAGAGUGGAGGUGGAGAGCACUCUCACAUGAACGGCCACGUGGAGCUGAAGAGGAGCUGCCGGGGGAAGAAGAGCAAAUUUGAACACCUCAAUCAGAGCCUGCUGUUUGACCAGCUGGUCAACAGCACUGCUGAGGCUGUCCUUCAGGAGAUGGACAACAUCAGCAGCAUCAGGCAGAACCGCGAAGUGGAGCGGCUUCGCAUGUGGACUGGAGACACCGAGGAGGAAAACAUGGACAUGUAUUCUCGGGUGAAGCGCAGGAAAUCCAUGCGCAGGAGCACUUUCAGCAUGCCUACACACCACAAAGUCCUGACUAAAAAUGAGCAGGAGGAUGAAGAGGAGGAAGGAACGGAAGAUUCUCACGGCGCGGAAGAGGAGGAGGACGCGGAGGACGAAGACGACGAAGGGGAUGAAGCGGAAGAGGCGGGGGAGGAAAACGACCGACCGUACAACCUCAGGCAGCGAAAGACGGUGCAGCGAUACGAGGCGCCGCCUAUUGAACCAGUGAACAGAAAACAGAGCAACCCCUCACUUUUUGACACCCACAGAUCCCCAGCAAGAAGAAGCCAUAUAAGAGUAAAGAAACAUGCCAUUCACAGCAGUGACACCACCUCGUCUUCUGAUGAAGAGCGGUUCGAGCGGAGGAAAAGCAAGAGCAUGAGCCGAGCCAGGAACAGGUGUUUGCCCAUGAACCUGGCUUCGGAGGACCUGGCGAGCGGGGUGCUGCGAGAUCGGGCGAAAGUGGGCGCCAGCUUGGCCGACGUGGAUCCCAUGAACCUCGAUAGCUCGGUGAAAUUCGACAACGUGGGUGGCCUCAGUAAUCACAUUCAGUCCCUGAAGGAGAUGGUCGUGUUCCCGCUGCUUUAUCCGGAGAUCUUCGAGAGGUUUAAGAUUCAGCCUCCCAGAGGGUGUUUGUUCUACGGUCCCCCGGGGACCGGAAAGACGCUGGUCGCGCGGGCGCUCGCCAACGAGUGCAGCCAAGGAGACAGGAAGGUUUCCUUCUUCAUGAGGAAAGGAGCCGACUGCCUCAGCAAGUGGGUCGGGGAAUCGGAACGCCAGCUACGCCUCCUCUUUGACCAGGCUUACCUGAUGAGGCCAUCCAUAAUUUUCUUCGAUGAGAUUGACGGUUUGGCUCCCGUUCGCUCCAGCAGGCAGGACCAGAUACACAGCUCUAUUGUUUCCACUCUGCUGGCCUUGAUGGACGGCUUGGACAGUCGCGGGGAGGUAGUGGUCAUCGGUGCUACAAACAGACUUGACUCUAUCGACCCGGCGCUCAGGAGGCCCGGACGCUUCGACCGGGAGUUUCUGUUCAACCUGCCCGACAAGAAGGCCAGAAAGCAAAUCUUGGAGAUUCACACGCGGGACUGGAAUCCCAAACUGGCCGAGCCAUUUGUAGAUGAACUAGCAGAAAAAUGUGUCGGCUACUGCGGCGCCGACAUCAAAGCGCUUUGCACGGAGACAGCCUUGGCGGCGUUGCGGCGCCGCUACCCCCAGAUCUACGGCAGCAGCGUCAAACUGAGUCUGGACGUCGCCUCCAUCGUCCUCGGGCCCGCCGACUUCAGCAAGGCCAUCGGCGCCAUCGUCCCGGCCUCCCAGCGGGCCCUGGCUCCCCCGGGCCGAGCCCUGUCGCCCGCCCUCAGGCCCCUGCUCGCCAGCUCUUUCUCCUUCGUGCUGAAAGCGCUGCUCCGAGUCUUCCCCCACGCUCAGUGCGCCGACGGGGACAACGUGCGCGGUGGUGACAAUCAACUGCUCGAGGACGACUUGUACAGCGACGACGACGACGAUGAGGAACGCUCCGCUUCCAUCUAUGAAGUCCAGCCUGCUGCAUCCCCAAAGAGCCUCCUCUCCUCCUCUGCAACGCACAGACCCUUCCUCCACUUCUCCUUCUCUGCCCUCCAACAGCCCACGGCAUACCGGCCUCGCCUGAUGCUGGCCGGGGCCCCGGGCUCGGGGCAGAGCUCCCACGUGGCCCCUGCCUUGCUGCACCACCUGGACAAGCUGCCGGUGCACCGCCUGGACUUGCCCACGCUCUACUCCGUCAGCGCUAAGACGCCAGAGGAGUCCUGUGCUCAGGUUUUCCGCGAGGCCCGCCGCAGCGUGCCCAGCGUGGUGUUCAUGCCGCACAUCUCGGAGUGGUGGGAGACGGUGAGCGACACCGUGAAGAGCACCUUCCUCACCCUGCUGCAGGACGUGCCCUCUUUCAGCCCCGUUCUCAUCCUCGCCACUGCCGAGACCCACUACUCGCAGCUGUCGGAAGAGCUAAAAAGCAUGUUCCAGAGGACCUACGGGGAGGUCGUGACGCUGUGCCCUCCAGGAGAAGAGGACCGGAAGAGCUUCUUCUCUGACCUGCUGUUGGUCCAAGCGGCCAGGGCUCCGCCGCGCCUCAGGAAUACAGGGAGGCGUGAAGAGGUGCUGCCGGAGGCGGAGGCGCCGGGCCCCAGAGUCCUGUCGACGGAGGAACAGCGCCGCUUGGCGGAGCAGGAGGAGAACACGCUACGGGAGCUCCGGCUCUUUCUCAGGGACGUGACCAAGCGCCUGGCCACCGACAAGCGCUUCAACAUCUUCAGCAAGCCGGUCGACAUCGACGAGAACUCUGCGUGUCAGGUGGCGGACUACCUGGAGGUGAUUCGGCAGCCGAUGGACCUGUCCACCGCCAUGACCAAGAUCGACACCCACCAGUACCUGACGGUGAAGGACUUCUUGGGGGACGUCGACCUCAUCAGCAGCAACGCGUUAGAAUACAACCCCGACAAGGAUCCCGGAGACAAAGUGAUCAGGCACCGGGCGUGCAGCUUAAAGGACACGGCUCACGCUAUAUUCGCCGCCGAGCUGGACACCGAGUUCGACCGCAUGUGUGAAGACAUCAAGGAGGCGCGCAGGAAGAGGGACCUCCAGACGCCGGCUCAGCCGACGGAGCCCAUGGGCGCCGCGGCAACCAGGAGGCACCACGCUGCUGCAGGAGGAGGAGGAGGAGGAGGAGGAGAGGAGCAGCAGGCCAAGAGCAGCACUCAGGGCGAGGCCUCCGACAAGCAGUGCACCACCAAUCAUAUAAAGCGUAAGAUGCGCCGGCGGCCAUCCUGGGGGCGGGGCAUCAUCCGCAAGAAGAGGAUCUACAGGAAGGAGACGGAAGAGGAGGAGGGAGAAGAGGAGGAGGAGGAGGAGGAGGAAGGGGAGGCCGAGGUCGCGGGGCCCAGUGACUCGUGUCUGACGCAGGACGAGGAAUCGUCUUGCGAUACCACCGCGGGUCCCCAGGCCAACGGCCACCAUCCCCACGGCCCCUCCACAGAGGAGGAGAGCUCCAACGAGCCCCCUGUUGCGGCGCCCGGCAAACCCCCGGAUGCCGGCGAGGGCCCGGAGGAGCCGCCGCCGCCGCCAGAGGAGGAGGAGGAGGAGGAGGAGCCUGCCGCCGAAGAGGCCGAGCCCGAACACACAGGGGAAGGCGGCGAGCGGCUUCGCCUCGGCGGCGCUGCCGACGGGGACGUCCGGCCUCCGGUCGAAAGGUCCGACUCGCCGCGCGCCGAGGCCGCUCUCACGGUGUCGCCGGCGGACUGCGUGAACGGACACGCGUCGAUGGACAGCCUGGACUCGUCGCAGAGCGUCAAGAGGGGCGAGGCUGAGAAGAGGAGCCCUCCUCCUCCUCCUCUUCCUCCGACGAGCACGGAGGAGGAAGAGGAGGAGGAGGAGGAGGGCUCCGACGAGCCGGGACGGGAAGAGCACAAAGACGAAGAGGAGAGCGAGCCGACUCGGGACGGGAGUGAAGGAAUGGAGAACGCAGAGGAGGACCUGGACCCAGAAGCCGAGGCGUGCCGGAUGAACCCGUCGGAGCCGUCGAAGGGAUCCGCUGAGAAGACGGAGGAAGAGCCACGACCAGUCCCACCUCAGCUCCCCUUAGUGGUCGACCACCAGCGACUUUCGGCGCUAUUGGAUACGGUGGUGAUGAAGAGCGAGGGCUACAGCGUGGAGCAGCUGGAGAGACUGUACUCCCUCCUCAGCCAGUGCAUCUACAGACACCGCAGGGAGUACGACAAGACCAGGCUACUGGAGGAGAUGGAGGGGAGAAUCCAGCAUUUUGAUACAUUCCUGUGAGACGGAGAGAAUACCUUUUUAUCAGGUAGAUCCUGAAACAGCCCGGGACCACAAAGACACACACAAACUGAGAGAGCGGAGGAGCUUCAAAGUGCUCGACACACACACACACACACACACACACACACACACACACACACACACACACACACACACACACACACACAGAGCGCCCUCUUCUUGCUGAGAGGCGACACAACGAGGACGACGUUGAGGACAGAGACAUUCAAUGGUGCUAUCGUCUCAGGAACCUGGCCAGAUCCAGACCCUUUCUACACAAACCAAACACCUGGAGGUGUGUCAGUCACACACGCACACACACACACACACACACACACACACACACACACACACACACCAACUGUGACGGGCAACCCUGGUGCUACUCGGGUGCUAUCCUAACUUUCAUCCAUGCUGCUCUUGGGACUUCUUACUUAACUUGGAUGACUUGCAAAAACCAACAGAUCGGGUGAUGUCAUAUCGCAACCUGGCCGCCCCUCCCCCCGCGGAGCAGGCUGUGCACACACACACACACACACACACACACACACUCUGAUACUUGGGGAUGCAUGUAUUUUAUACAAACACACACACAGAAACGCACACGCACACACUCGCCCAGAUCCUCACCAGCAGAAGUGUGAAUGCGGAGUGCCGCUAGGAGACGAGGGCGGUUUAAUGUUCCAAUCACCAAACCGCCGCCGCCCCCCCCCCCCAUAUCCCCCCCCCACAAGUGAAGUGCUUCGUCACAGGCCGGUUGUUGCCGCUGGCGCCGCUCUGGUGUGCGUCUCCGUCUUUCUGCCAUUUUUACUACUUGAUUAAUUCAACAUCAACAGUUUACAAAGAAGUUUUCCGUGCGGACGCAAAUUCGAUGAGGUUUUAGCACAGCAGGACGAGGAGCCAUUACGUCCUCGUCAUCACCGCCGCCGUCGGGUAUGGAGAGCCCCCCUUCCUGGCCCCUC